AUGGGUAUCAAAGGCCUCACAGGGCUCCUCUCCCAACAUGCGCCCAAAGCCAUACAAGAACACGAAAUAAAGACCCUCUUCGGGCGCAAAGUCGCCAUCGACGCCUCCAUGUCCAUCUACCAAUUCCUCAUCGCCGUGAGACAGAAGGACGGCGAACUCCUCACGAACGAUGCGGGUGAAACGACGAGCCAUCUCAUGGGCUUGUUUUACCGCACGCUUCGAAUUGUGGAGAAUGGGAUUAAGCCUGCGUAUAUUUUCGAUGGGAAGCCGCCAGAGUUGAAGAAGGGUGUGCUAUCGAAACGUCUUGAGAGGAGGGAGGAAGCCAAGGAGGAGGGAGAGGAGGCGAAGGAGACUGGAACUGUUGAGGAUGUGGAUAGGUUUUCACGGCGGACUGUUAAAGUCACUCGAGAGCACAACGAGGAAUGUCGACGGCUCUUAAGGCUCAUGGGGAUCCCCGUUGUCAUUGCACCCUCAGAAGCAGAAGCACAAUGCGCUGAGCUGGCGCGGGGAGGGAAGGUGUACGCUGCAGGCUCAGAAGACAUGGACACGCUCACUUUCAACGCGCCCAUCUUGUUCCGACAUUUAACUUUCUCAGAGGCGAAGAAGCAGCCUAUCAGCGAGAUAAAUCUCAAGGAGGCUCUCGAAGGGCUUGACAUGAACAUGAGCCAAUUUAUUGACCUAUGUAUCCUCCUUGGAUGCGACUACCUCGAGCCCAUCAAAGGCGUCGGUCCUAAAUCCGCACUCAAGCUGAUACGUGAGUAUGGAGGGCUCAAAGGCGUCGUGAAGCAUUUGAGAGAAAACUCAGGCUGCCGUGGAAUGCAGAUUCCGGAUGAGUGGCCUUGGGAAGAGGCCAAGAAGAUUUUUGAGAAGCCUGAUGUUUUGCCUGCGGACGAAGUCGAACUGGAAUGGACCAAUCCCGAUGUCGACGGCCUUGUACAAUUCCUUGUUAAAGAAAAGGGGUUCAAUGAAGAUCGUGUGCGCAAGGGCGCUGAGAAACUUCAAAAGUUCCUUAACAGUAAACAGCAAGGACGGCUCGACGGCUUUUUUAGUGUAAAGCCGAAGGAGAAGGCAGCAGCGCCGGCCCCAGUUGGGAAGGCGAAGGGGAAAGGGAAGGUUGAUGCGAAGGCGAAGGGGACGAAGCGGAAGGUGGGUUUCUUGAAUUCUAUGUCUGGGCCUUUGGCAUGA